AGGAGAGAGCAGGGGAAGAAAAAAAAAGAGAGAGAGAGGGAGAACAAAGCAAUCGCUCCGCAGGAGGACGGGCGGCAGAGCUGGCUGGACUUCUGGGGGAAAACUUGCGGGGCUGCGGGAGCAGAGGCGAGCAGACGGCUUUGUCUGAAAGGGCUCGCAAAAGCACCACCUAAGCCUGCCGCUCCCCUCCCAUGCUGAAGGGAAGGAGGGCUCCUGGGAGCCAGAAAGGAGGGGAAGGCGCUGGGGGCUGCGGCGCCGCGGCGGCCGGGGGCGAGCCCGAGUCCCCCCUGCUGCCGGGGGGGGCCGGGGGGGUGCGGGCAGCCCCUGCCCCGGCUGCCCCGCACGGUCGGGGAUCGCUGGGCGUUUGGAGCCGAGAGCAAAACUAGCAGCUUUCGAAGUGAGAUUCCGGAGGAAAUUUAAAGAGCAUCCGGAUCCGGAGAAAGACAGAGAAAGAAAGAGGAAGGGAGAAAUAAAUCAAAACGCGGAGAGACCCCGAGGCAGCUGAAGAAAGGACGGGCGAGAAAGAAGCUGACGCCCAGGCAGAGAUGGGGGAGCAGCCAAUCUUCAGCACCAGGGCCCAUGUUUUCCAGAUCGAUCCUGCCACCAAACGGAACUGGAUCCCCGCCAGCAAGCACGCUUUGACCGUCUCCUAUUUCUACGAUGCCACACGCAACGUGUACCGGAUCAUCAGCGUGGGGGGCACCAAGGCAAUCAUCAACAGCACUAUCACCCCCAACAUGACCUUCACAAAGACGUCUCAGAAAUUUGGACAGUGGGCAGACAGCCGAGCCAACACGGUCUAUGGACUGGGCUUUGCUUCGGAGCAGCACCUCUCCCAGUUUGCAGAGAAGUUCCAGGAAGUGAAAGAAGCAGCCCGUUUGGCAAGGGAGAAGUCCCAGGACAAAACAGAGCUGACCAAUCCUGCCCUGAAUAUCACAUCUCACCAGGUACUUCCCAGCCCCAUCAUCAGCUCCAAUGGACCAGGAGAAGAUAAACUAUUCCGGAGCCAAAGUGCCGAUGUUGAGAUAAGCACAGAAAAGGAGCGGCUGAAGAAAAUGCUUUCAGAAGGCUCGGUGAGUGAGGUCCAGUGGGAGGCUGAAUUCUUCAGUCUCCAGGACAACAACAACAAACUCGUGGCUGCUCUCCAUGAAGCCAACGCCAACGUGGACCAGUGGAAGAAGCAGCUGGCUGCGUAUCAGGAGGAGACGGAAACAUUGCGGCAACGGGUAGCAGAACUGGAGUCGCAGGGGGCUCAUGAUUCCUCCAGCGAGAACAACAAGGAAGAGCUGAGCCAAACCCUGGAGGAGCUGGAACUACUGAUCAAGGCUAAAGAUGAGGAGAUUCAGAUGUUAAAAAGCCAGAAGUGUGGUCGAUGGGAAGCAGAGGGCGAGUGUGAGGAGACCCUGCAGAAGCUUCAGGAGUUGGAGGCUCGCAACGCAGAGCUGGAGCGGCGCCUUCACCUGGCCGAGCAGACGCUGGCGGAGACCCUGGCUGAGAGGGAGAAGGUCCAGAAUGAAGUCACCAAGGUGGCGGAGAUAAUGGAUGUGAAGAUAUUUGAGCUCAGUGAGAUCCGUCAGGGACUAGCCAAGCUGGUGGAGAGCAACUGAGCAGCAGCAUGCUCGGAGGAGACACCUCCGGAGGAGGGGAGCCUGAGCUGGGACUGGUCGCUGACAGCAAUUACGGUCACGGAACAGCCUCGAGGCCUGUUCAGGCAGGAUAUGCCACCGUACCAGCAGCUGCCUGGACAGCGUGGAGACCAGCCGCAGCCACUUCACUGCCCCUUGAACACCCAGAGGGAGGGCAGAGAGGAUCCGAGCUCCUGAAUCCUCCACAGGGAGGAUCUGCAAGCCACAGCCAGGCCUCUCUGGACCCUGCCAUGGCUGUGGCGUGGUCCAGAGACUGCAGCUGUCCCUGUGCUGCCUUCCCAGCCUCCCUGCUGCCACACUGUCUCCAACAUUUUUACCGUUUUCUAGGGGAAGGGGCUGAGCAGCCUUUGCAUUUUUUCAGUAGAUUUUUAGGGAACCACUUGCCUUUUGCAGAAUAAGCUGCCUGUUUCCCCACCUAGAGAGGGAGAAGAGGUUCCAGCACGCUGAGGACACCAGUUGCUCCUCUUCCUCUCUCCCAGCCCUAACAACUUUGUGUCUUUCUAACAGGAGCCAGUAACACGGGUCACUGUCAGGAGCUACCAGAGGUAGCAGCCGCCCCAUUGCAGAGCAGGGUGCUUCCCUGACCGCGUGCCCUUUCCACUGUUCAGUCACAUCCUCCAGACGAAAAAAGAACUGCAGGUUUCAAAGUUCUUAUUAGUUUAACACAGUGGGAUUUAAUGACUUGUUAAAACUUCUUCAAGCUGAGAGCAAAGGCCUGGUUGGGAAAGGGGCAUUUGAGAGAUGAGGCGUCCCCAUGGGGAUGGCCAACCAACUGCUAGAUUGGCAUCUCUCCCAGCCUCUAAGGGCUGCAGUUAAUUGAAAUUAAAUGGAGCAAAUCGCAGUUGCUCUUGGGUGUUUUUUCUUCUCUUUUUUUUUUUCUUCUCUCUUUUGUUGGGAAACAGUCCCCAGAGAUGUCCUGCUCUGUGUCAGAUGAGCCGUGUUCCUUUUGAAGGGUACAGGUCCCAGCUUGCCAUCCUUGGCCAGAUUAAAGGAGAACAUUUGGAGCAUGCUGGGGCCAGUGCCCUCUGGGGCCUCUGGGAAGUCCGUGGGUUAUUGUAGAUGUUGUCUAGUCGUAGGAAUCGAGGGAGGCACCACAGAAACCUGGAAGGUUGUGUCUCCCCCGCGGUGCCCUUUGAGUCCCCCGUAGUUAGCCAGGAGCAUGCGUAGCCCUGUGCCGGAUGAUGAAGCAGUGUCUGUGUAGUAGUUAGUUAGUAACCUCACAGGAGGGUGGCUGGAUUUGGAUUCUGUGGUCGUUUUUUGCCCUCUUUGCUGCUGUAGGUUAGGCAGAGACAGCAGUAAUCCUGGGAAUGUUUCACAGGUCUGCAGAAACUUUUAGUUACGUGGCGAGCACCGGCUGCCACGUACUGCCUUCUCCGCACCCAGGCAAUCCUGGGCAGCUCCUCAGGGCCUGCCUCUCCUUUCGCUCACCUGGUGACCAAGAGAGGAACCCACAGCUUCCACGCACCGCCUGCAAGUUGGGGCAGGAUUAGGCCUGGCACCUCGGGAAUCUGCUGGAGCCGAGAACUGCUGGUGACUGCGUGCUGGAUUGUGUCUAGGCAAAGCCCUUCCCUCUCCCAGGGGUGAUGAGGAAACAGCGAAAUUUCCAGACCUGUGUAGCCAGGGAGGGGCUUUUCUGUUUGGGCGUUUGGUUGUUUUGGUUUUGGGUUGAUUUUUUUUUUUUUUUGGCGUGUGUGUGAUUGGUUUUAGUGUUCUGCCUUUUUUUGUUAUUGACUUUUAUUUUAUUUUGCAUGAAGUGUUCUCAACUGUAUGGGACUGGAGCUACUGUAGUAAUAUUUGUUUCAGGGUAUUUAAGAAGGGAAGGAAGGAAGCUGGGUGGCAAAGAUUUCUAGGGCCUUGUUUACCACCCCACGCCAGUGUUGAUGUUUUAUUCCUACAGGAGCAGCCUUCUUUGAAAUAGAGAUCAGCUCCACGA